AUGUCAGCGCAGGCAGAGAAGCUAGAGCUUGAAGAGCUGGACAGAACCUUGCUGAAGAAGAACGAACCCAAACCUCUGGGCAAAUAUGAGAGAAUAAUCCAGCCAUGUGUUGCCGAGCUGGUGGGCACGACUUUUUUUGUCUUUAUCGGCUGUGUGUCUGUCAUUGAAAAUGUGGAGGCGGCAGGACGAUUACAGCCAGCGCUUGUGCAUGGAUUGGCAGUGGCUGUGCUGGUGGCGUGUAUGGCAGAAAUUAGCGGAUCACAUUUUAACCCUCCAUUCACCAUCGCUAUCUGGUUAUGUGGUGGAAUUCAGCUGACGAUGGCUGUUCCCUACCUUAUCAGUCAGCUUAUCGGAGGUGUGCUGGGAGCUGCAAUGUCAAAGGUUAUGACAUCACACGAGAAUUAUGUGAAUGCUACCGGAGCAGCCUUUACUAUUCUUAAAUCUGAGGAGCAGCUAGGGAAGGUUGUGUUUGCUGAAAUGGCCAUGACGUGUCUAGUAACUAUGGUAGUGCUGCUGGGAGCCGUCAAUGGAAAGAGCAAAAGCCCCCUGGUGCCCUUCAUGGUGGGCUGCACAGUUAUUGUCAAUGUUCUGGCAGGAGGAGACGUUUCUGGCACCUGUUUGAAUCCUGCAAGAGCUUUUGGACCUGCGUUGAUGGCUAACUACUGGACUUAUCAUUGGGUUUACUGGGUCGGUCCGAUAGGGGGAGGUCUGGUGGCUGCUGCUCUUGUGAGGCUUCUGCUUGGAGAUGAGAAGAUACGAGUUAUACUGAAAUGAUAUUGGAGCACCUCAGCAUGCCAAAACCUCUCAAUUCUUGAUGACUUCAUUACUUU